UGGUAAAGACAAGAUGAACGAAGUGCAUGUUAUUCAGCAGGGAUAUUCAUUGACCGAUAGCAAUGGAAAGUACAGGGCUACUGGCUCAAAAUCUGAUCAAGUCGUGAUUCUCCCAACUGUUGGCCAUACUAGUGAAGACAUUAGUGUAGUAGUGCAUAAUACACAAUAUGGAACUGUCGUCAUAGCUGGUGAUUUAUUUGAGUGUGAGAAUGAUGAAGAUAGCUGGAAGGAUGUCAGUCAGUUCCCUGAUAAGCAAGCACAGAACAGAGACAGUGUCCUGCAGGUUGCUGACUGGAUUGUUCCUGGACAUGGUGCUAUGUUCAAGGUCAAGAAAUGAUGCGAGAGGAGAUCCAAGAUUUCCACUAGGGUGUUCGAAAUGAUGAACUGGACCAGAAAAAGGCUGUAGUUUGGCGAACCAUAAAAAACCCCAGCUUUUAGCUUCAAUUAGGGGGGUUCACACUCUCUUGUCCGUUAGGGAGUUAGAUAAAAUUAAAACGAUCCUUUUG